GCUCGCCCGGUUACGAAUAUAAUGACAAGCGCCAUUCAAUGAACCGAGUUGUUGAUUUGAAUCGGCGCAAAUGCGUAAUAAGGACCCCUAACCAAUAGAUGGUGAUGUCGCGCUUGACACCUUUGAGAUGGAGGUUCCUGCAUAAAAAUUGAGAUUUAACUUAAACACAGAUUACAACGGCAGACUUAAAUUACAAAUUUCAUUUAAAGGGGAUUUUGCUAUACACCCGACACUGGGUCUACAUUUGAGUGAGGAUAUUUCGAGCAUUUUCAAAGAGAAAAUAAUCUCUUUGAUCAUAGCCUAUGGCCGAAACUGGAUUUUUUUUUCCACUUCGCACUGGUCAACCCGACCAUAAACAACAACAAACUAAACAAACGUUGCAUUCGAUCAUCAGCUGAGGUUGGCUGAAUUUCACAGACGGCUGCAAAUAAGAAUGCCCCCCUCUUCCUAGUCGAGGCUGUUGGGUGGAUCAAUGCUUGGCGCACUGUUCAGUUCAAACUCAUCUUCCACGGAGCCCGCUAUUCGCUUCCUCUGCUUACUACCUGGGUCGCAUCUAUAGGUCAAGGCCCGUGUUAGCACUGCGAGGGGGACCAGAAGAUGGAUUUGUAGUUUGGACUAUUACCGAUCAGUCGGUCUGGUUGGAAAUGUUGGUGUUCUAGCAAGUGGAGUUGGAAAAAUAUCAUCCUCCCUAGAAGUGCUGUUCUCUACGCUGCCUUGUUCGGUAUUUUUAGAAGAGGCCUGAAAGCACAAAAUGUCGACCAGAACGCCAUUGCCCACUGUGAAUGAACGCGAUACCGAAAAUCACACCUCCGUGGAUGGCGACCCAAAGCCGCCCGCCCCGCCCACCAAGUCUGCCAGUCGGCAGAGUCUGGCCCGGUGCAGGAACUCCAUCUCCUCCCUCACCGAUGAGCAGCCCACCGUCGGCGACUACAGGCUGCUCAAGACCAUCGGGAAGGGCAACUUCGCCAAAGUCAAACUGGCACGCCACGUGCUGACGGGGAGAGAGGUAGCAGUGAAGAUCAUUGACAAGACGCAGUUAAACCCAACUAGUCUGCAAAAGGUAAGUAAGCUCUUUCGUGAAGUAAGGAUCAUGAAGUUCUUGAACCACCCUAAUAUAGUUAAAUUAUUUGAAGUGAUUGAGACGGACAAGACGCUUUAUUUAAUUAUGGAGUAUGCCAGUGGAGGAGAAGUAUUUGACUACUUGGUUGCACAUGGGAGAAUGAAGGAGAAAGAAGCUCGAGCAAAGUUCCGUCAGAUUGUGUCAGCAGUGGAAUAUUGUCAUCAGAAGAAGAUAGUCCAUAGAGACCUGAAGGCUGAGAACCUGCUCCUAGAUGCAGACAUGAACAUAAAGAUAGCAGACUUUGGCUUCAGUAACGAGUUCACCAUCGGCAACAAGCUGGACACAUUCUGUGGCUCCCCGCCCUACGCCGCCCCGGAGCUCUUCCAGGGGAAGAAGUACGACGGGCCCGAGGUGGACGUGUGGAGCUUGGGGGUCAUCCUCUACACGCUGGUCAGCGGCUCGCUGCCCUUCGACGGGCAGAACCUCAAGGAGCUGAGAGAAAGGGUGCUUCGGGGGAAGUAUCGUAUCCCCUUCUACAUGUCUACUGACUGUGAGAACCUGCUGAAGAAACUACUUGUGCUCAACCCUGGCAAGCGUGGCAGUCUGGAGCAAAUCAUGAAGGAUCGCUGGAUGAACACCAGCCAUGAAGAGGAGGAGCUCAAACCCUACUCAGAACCAACGCCUGACUUCAGUGAUCCUGAUAGGAUAGAAAUGAUGAUCACUAUGGGCUUCCCAAAGGAUAAAGUCACAGAGUCACUCGUGGGCCAGAAAUAUGAUGACAUCAUGGCCACAUACCUGCUGCUGGGAAGGAAACGAGCUGAGUUUGAGGGGAGUGAGUCGCUGUCCAGCAUGAACUUGUCCCAGAGGGCCCGGCCCAGCAGUGACCUCAACAACAGCUCUGCCCAGUCACCGGCCCACACCUCCAAGGUCCAGCGCAGCACAUCAGCCAGUCAGAAGCAGCGGCGCUAUAGCGACUAUGUGGCGCCCUCUAUCCCCCCAUCCGUGUCUUACACCAAGCGAGCGCAGGCCAACAGUGUGGAGGGCGAAAAGAAGGAAGACUGGGACGCCGCACGCAAGCUGCCCACCUCCGGCUCCAAGGGAGAGGUGCUCGCCUCUCCGCUCGUUGCCCAGGAGCACAGGAGGUCCACCACCACCGCCUCAGGGACCAGCGCUGCAGGAGCGAUGACGCGGAGGAACACGUACGUGUGUGAGCGCUCCAGCACUGAACGAUACUCUGCCGUCCCCAAUGGAAAAGACAGCAGUCUAACUGAGAUGUCGGCCUCAGCCAGUGGCACAUCUCCAUCCUCAGGCAUGGCCUCCACACGGCCUCGUCACAUGAAGUCCAUGUCUGCCUCAGGGCACCCUGUGAAGUCCCCUCUCCCGCCCAUAGAGGACAACACUGAGUACAAAGGGUCCAACAGCCGUGUCCCCACAGCGUCCCCUUCAGCCCACAGCAUCAGCAGCAGCACUCCUGACCGCACCCGUUUCCCGCGGGGCACAUCCAGUCGCAGUACCUUCCACGGCGGGCAGCUCCGAGACCGCCGCAGUGCCACCUACAACGGGCCGCCCGCCUCGCCCUCUCUCUCCCACGACACCGGGGCUCUUGCCCAGGCCCGCCGCGGCACCUCCACGGGCAUCAUCAGCAAGAUCACCUCCAAGUUUGUGCGCAGGGUUCCCGGUGAGGGUGAGGCCAGGCCCCGGACUGACAGCCUGAGGAGCGCGUCGUGCGAGCCCAAGGAAGAUGGCCGUGACUCCAAGCCCCGCUCCCUGCGCUUCACGUGGAGCAUGAAGACCACCUCCUCCAUGGAGUCCUCCGACAUGAUGCGGGAGAUCCGCAAGGUCCUGGACGCCAACAACUGUGACUACGAGCAGCGCGAGCGCUUUCUGCUCUUCUGCGUCCACGGCGACGCCCGGCAAGACUGCCUGGUCCAAUGGGAGAUGGAGGUGUGCAAGCUGCCCCGCCUCUCGCUCAACGGCGUGCGCUUCAAGAGAAUAUCCGGCACCUCCAUCGCCUUCAAAAACAUUGCAUCUAAAAUAGCCAAUGAGCUGAAGCUCUGAUGGGGAGAAAGUGACCCAACACAAACGGGAGAAGAAGAAUAGAAGAGUUCUCAACGUGCACAUGGAGGGGGGG